AUGGGGGGAAUUCCCCCCCCCGCUGCCUUUCGCCAGGGUCCGGGGAGCGCGGAAGCAGAUGGCGCAGUCGACGCGGAUGGCGGGGAGGUUCCGCGAUUUGGGCAGGUGGAACCCGGCGGAGGGCAGGAGGCUAGCGGCGGGGCUUAUGGCGCACCGAAUGGCGGAAGGAUGUACGGCGACGAGGGCUACGGCGCAACUGGCGGAGGGGGGUAUGGCGCAGGCGGCGGGUUUCCGCCUGAGGAGAUUUACGGACGGGGAUACGGGGGAGGGGGAGCUGGCGGGUACGGGGGCGGGGAAGAUGGCUGGGGGUACGGCGGAGGGUACGAGGGAAGCUACGGGGGAGGAUACGGGGGAAGCAUGGAGGUAGGGGGCGGUCAUGGCGGAGCAAUGGGGGCGGAAUGGGGAUAUGCGGAAGGAAUUGGAUGGGGGGGGAGGGGGGAAGGGGGAGCUCAUGGGGGCAUCGCGGGGCACGGUGGGGAAGGCAUGGGGGACGCCCUGCGCCGUCGGGGGGAUGGGGGGAUGGGGCAGGCGCAAGGGGAAGGCGGGGAGGCGGAGGAGAAGGGGAAGAAGGGCGGAGGCUGGUGGCGGUUGUUUGGGGGAAGGAAGGGCGGAACGGGGGAGAAAGGCGGGGACGUGGGGGGAGGCGAACAAGGGAGGUGGGAGGAAGGUGGGGGGGGGGGGGGAGGGGGCGCAGCAGCAAUGGGGCGCGGGAUAUGGGGGCUACCCCUCGGGCAUGAGAGGGGGAGAAGGGGGGGGGGUAUGGGGGAGCGGGAGAUGGGGAACGGGAAUAUGGGGCAGAGGGGUAUAGGGACGGGGGAAAUGGGACAUGGGGAUAUGGGGAAGGUGGAUAUGGGGAAGGUGGAUAUGGGGAAGGUGGAUAUGGGGAAGGUGGAUAUGGGGAAGGUGGAUAUGGGGAAGGUGGAUAUGGGGAAGGUGGAUAUGGGGAAGGUGGAUAUGGGGAAGGUGGAUAUGGGGAAGGUGGAUAUGGGGAAGGUGGAUAUGGGGAAGGUGGAUAUGGGGAAGGUGGAUAUGGGGAAGGUGGAUAUGGGGAAGGUGGAUAUGGGGAAGGUGGAUAUGGGGAAGGUGGAUAUGGGGAAGGUGGAUAUGGGGAAGGUGGAUAUGGGGAAGGUGGAUAUGGGGAAGGUGGAUAUGGGGAAGGUGGAUAUGGGGAAGGUGGAUAUGGGGAAGGUGGAUAUGGGGAAGGUGGAUAUGGGGAAGGUGGAUAUGGGGAAGGUGGAUAUGGGGAAGGUGGAUAUGGGGAAGGUGGAUAUGGGGAAGGUGGAUAUGGGGAAGGUGGAUAUGGGGAAGGUGGAUAUGGGGAAGGUGGAUAUGGGGAAGGUGGAUAUGGGGAAGGUGGAUAUGGGGAAGGUGGAUAUGGGGAAGGUGGAUAUGGGGAAGGUGGAUAUGGGGAAGGUGGAUAUGGGGAAGGUGGAUAUGGGGAAGGUGGAUAUGGGGAAGGUGGAUAUGGGGAAGGUGGAUAUGGGGAAGGUGGAUAUGGGGAAGGUGGAUAUGGGGAAGGUGGAUAUGGGGAAGGUGGAUAUGGGGAAGGUGGAUAUGGGGAAGGUGGAUAUGGGGAAGGUGGAUAUGGGGAAGGUGGAUAUGGGGAAGGUGGAUAUGGGGAAGGUGGAUAUGGGGAAGGUGGAUAUGGGGAAGGUGGAUAUGGGGAAGGUGGAUAUGGGGAAGGUGGAUAUGGGGAAGGACGGAAUGGGAGCCAACGGGGUGGCAGAGCCGGGUGCUUCUCACGGCCCUGCUGCUGCGGGUACUGGUGGGGGGGCGGAGCAGCCAAGAGGGUCAAGCGCGGGGGAUGCAGGAGAGGGAGAUGGAGGCGCAGCAGUGGCCGGGCAGGAGAGGGAGGACAGUGUGGGCAGCAGAGGGGCGCUGGCAGGGACGGCGAGAGCAGGGGCGGAGACACAGGCGGCGAGGGCGGUAGGGGUGGCAGGGGUGGCAGGGGUGGCAGGGGUGGCAGGGGCAGGUGUGGCAGUGGAGGGCGUGAUGACGACGGGGCUGACGACAGCGGGGUUCAAGGUGCGGCGGGGGGGGCGGCCUGUGGUGCAUGGCAGGGCGUCGGGGUACGAUGAGGACGAGGCUUGGAGCCCUGGAGGCGACCGCAGUGGGGCGCCGGGGUGGGGAGUUGAGGAGAGAACGAGUGUUAAGGGAGGGAGUGGGGGGAGUGUGGAAGGGGGGGAAGGAGGGAGUGAGGAAGGGGACGGAGGGGACGGAGGGAGUGGGGAAUCGGAGGAAGCCGGGAGUGUGGGUUCAGCAGAAGGGGAGGAUGAGGAGGGCAGCAAAGGGGAGGAGGGAAGCAGAGGGGGCAGCGAUGGUGCAUCAGAGGGGGAGGCGAGGGAGGGCGAGAGGGCAGGGGAGUCUCGGCAGGAGUGGGGGUCUGAAGCCUCGCCAGGGGCGUGGGGGCAGUACCCCUCUCCCGCGCCUCACCACUACGCACGGCCCCACCCGGCCUUCCUGCACUCCCAGCACCCCUGGGAGCACCAACGCCCCAACGAUCCCUGGCAGGCGCAUGGGGGGCAGGCACAAGGAGGGCAGGCGCAUGGGGGGCAGGCACAAGGAGGGCAGGCGCAUGGCAGCCACCCCUCGCCUGCAGCGCACGGCUCGCACACACAUGACCCCUGGCAACAGCACGGCGCGCACUCACAUGCCGCCCAGGGGGCUUACCCUGCCGCACACCGCCCCCUCCCUUCCGGCGCUGCUGCUGCCACCGCUGUUGCCCCCGCCUCUGCGUCGCACAGCCCCCUCACAGGCAGUCCCGCGCCGCCCCCUCACGCUCUGCCGCCCCCUCAAGGCGCCGCGACAGGGGCAUGGGGAGGAGCAGGGGUUGGGGCAUGGGGAGGGGGAUGGGGAGGAGCAGGGGGGUGGGGUUGGGGAGGGGCAGGAGGGGAUUUGCUGGGAGGCGUGCAUGCGCUGAGAGGAGCGCCGGGGGGAGGCAGGGGAGGGGCUCCUGGCAGCAGAGGGUUGCGGCGGGGGAGACAGGCUGGAGGGGGGAACGAGAAGGAUUCAGGCAGCGACAGAGGGGAGGGAGAGGGCAGAGGCGGAGCAGGGGAGAGGAAGGGCAGGGGCAGCCGGGCGUGCUCUCCGGAGUUAGGAGGCGCAGAGGGGAGGAGGCGGCGGGUGGGCAAGGCAGGGUGGUGGGCGGUGCAGUGGCAGCUGUGGCGGCUGCAGCCGCGGCGCUCCCUGCUGCUGCAGGGCGGCCUGGCAGCGCUGGCGCUGCUGCUGCUCGCUGCCUCACUCGCCUCCCUUGGUGCCGUGUGGGUGGGGGAAGCGGAUGGUGGGGGAGAUGGGAAGGGGAGAGAGGGCGAGGGGGGAGCGAGGCCGGGCGAGGGGAGGGCGUGGGGAGGGGAUGGGAGAAGGGAACAAGGGGCAGGGUUGACGCCAGGGAGACGCAGGUGGGGAAGAGGGAGGGGCGAGAGCGGAAAGGGACUGCCUUGGGUGGCACUGGGGGGUGCUGGGGGAGCGAGUGCGGUGGGGCGGCGAGGCACGGACGUGUAUGAAGCGAGCAGUGAGGGCGAGCGGAUGGGCGAGUGGGACGAGCAGGUGGGGCUGGAGGUGGACGUGGGCACGGCGGCACCGCUCCUGCACGGAGAUAGUCUCACGGGCGGGGGAGAGGUUAGCGUGCAGGGCGGGUCAACAUCAGGAGCGGGGCCGCAGUGGUACGUGGCGGUGCAGCUCGCCCACGCCAUGCAGACGUGGCCUCGCCUCGACUUCUCCCUCUCCCACGCCUUCCAGUGGCUGGAGUUCGCGCGCUACAGCGGCAUGGCGCACGUGUUUUGGUACGACAUGGUGGACGACCCGCGGGACCGCAUGGAGGCGGCGUUGGAGGGGUACAAGCAGGACGGCUUCAUCACGUACCACCACUUCCCCUCGCUCGCGCCUUCCCUGCCCGCCAACCACGGGGCCACCCCCCGCGACCAGGCGCUGCACCACUGCCUAACGCACCACGGCAGCUCAGCUGUCUGGCUGCUGCCACUCACCCCAGUGGACUACCUCUCCGUGCCGCCCGACAUCAAGCCGGGCUUCGCCGACCGCUUCCUGCGUGCCUAUGAGGCCCGCCGCCCCUCUGUGUCCCAGCUGCUGCUGCAGACCUUUCUCUUCCUCGGCUCCCCCCAGAACGCCUCUGCUCUCCUCAUCCAGCGCUACCAGCGCCGCACCAACCACUCCGACGGCGUGUCCCUCAAUCCUCAGGCUCGGGUCGUGCCUGUGGUUCGGCUGAACCUGGUGGCUCGGGUGCUAUGGCGCAACCCGAGCCACCUGCUCAUGACAGGUGGCAGCACCAUGGCACUGCCAGCUGGCGCCAUGCGGAUGAACCGAUUCGCGAGUGCGCUGCAGCAGAUGCCAGGCACAGCCACAGCAGGCACAGAGCGUGGGACGGACAUAGUUCUCGACACCUCACUGCAGCCGCUGGUGCCGGAGCUGGCGAUGAUGCUGGAGAGGAGCCGGCAGGCAGGCAGAAUCAAACUCCCCGGUGCCACGGCACAUGGCACUCUAGGUGGCUUCAACUGGUUCAGAAGUUGA